AGGCUUUCACUGUCCAGACCAGGGGGGCUUGCUGUGGUGGAGAGUCGGCGGACCGGGUUGGGGGCGCUUCCGAUCCAGACUGCGCAGUUAAAAUUUAAAAACGCAGCUUAUCAGACAGGCAACAUGGACAUCCUGACAGUUCUUAAUUUGGGCGAUCUAGCCCAAGCUUUCUCCAAAAUGGGAAUGUUUCCCGUGUUUGAUCUCGCUUACUACAUCGUGUCCAUCGUCUACCUCAAAUACGAGCCAGGCUCAGUGGAGGUUUCUCGCAGGAGUCCCGUGGCCUCCUGGCUCUGUGCCAUGCUCUACUGUUUUGGUAGUUACAUCCUGGCAGACAUCAUGCUUGGAAGCAGCCCCAUCGACUAUUUCCAGCACAACAGCCACAUCCUGCUGGCCUCAGCUGUCUGGUACCUCAUCUUUUACUGCCCACUGAACCUCUUCUAUAAAUGUGUGACUUUCCUGCCCAUCAAGCUGGUGUUGGUUGCCCUGAAGGAAGUUGUGCGCACUCGUAAGAUCGCCGCAGGGGUUCACCACGCCCACCAUGCCUACCACCAUGGCUUCUUCAUUAUGGUGAUUGUUGGAUAUGUCAAAGGCUCUGGAGUGGCUCUCAUGUCCAAUUUUGAGCAGCUGCUGCGUGGUGUGUGGAGACCCGAGACCAACGAGAUCCUCAGCAUGUCAUUCCCGACCAAAGCCAGUCUCUACGGAGCCAUCCUCUUCACCAUGCAGGAGGCUCACUGGCUGCCAGUGUCCAAGAGCAUCCUCAUUCUCGGCUUCACCCUCUUCAUGGCCACAAGCAAGGUGGUGAUGACCGCCCGGCACUCUCACGGCUCCCCCUUUGCUCUCAUUGAGUCCUGGAUCUGCCAUCUGCUGUUUGGCUCUCCUCUGGGUGUUGGUGAGGAGGACCACCAUCACCCUCCUCCUGCAGUUGCUCCAUCUUCACCUCUCAAAACCAAGGAGGAGCUGAGUGAAGGUGCUCGCAAGAGGAAGGUGAAGAAAGCGGAGUAGGGUGCCGUGCUGCACUAUCAAAACUGCGUCUGAUUCGCCCUCAUGGCCACCGCACGAUCGGACUUCCCAUUCCUUUCUAAGACGAGGGGCAGUUUGAUGUUUUGCCAAGUGAGACCCUUUCUAUUAGAGAAACAUGGUGCUUUCGACAUUUGACAUCACCCGAGGACUCUGUGAAUACCACAGUAAAUGCUUGACACCCAACCUGGACUUUUGAAACCUAUUUAUUUAUGUGUCUGUGAACAUCUGCAUCUGUGCAACACUGUGUGGUGAUCCACACUCAGGGGCAGCAGGGUGCCCUUAGGACAGCUUUUGUUCCUCAUCAGUAGCUGUGUUAUGAGGUGAAAAUGGUUUUCUUUUAGGUCACCAAACCUUAUUUCCGCUAAAGAUGCAGCAGUAAAUGUAAAUUAAAAUCGCCUAUCAAUCAGAAAUUCUAAUGUGAAUGAAGUAUUAUGUGAAAGAACAUUGAUGAUUUUUACACUGAGAAAAGAACAAAUCAAUAUCUU